AUGAAAAAGUUUACACUCUUUGAUUUCACAAAUGACAACUCCCUACGUGUAGGAGAGACUUCAUGGAUACAGGACCUUCCCAGUGAUGACAAAGAAGUUGCAAGUCUACUAACAGCAAAUGAAAAUGUGUUAGUAAAUUGGCCAGCGGAAGAGAAAAAGACAGAGAAACAGUUAGCAAAAGUAAUUUCCAUGAGUGAUGAUCCUCAAGAGCUGGUUCAGAUUAUUCAGAAGAUCUUAGAAGCAAAUGAUAAGACAGAAAUACAAGGGCUUCAAAAAGGAAAAAGAAAACAAAUUGAAACACUAAGCUCCAAGAAUGAAGAGAGGGAAAUUGAUCAAGAACAGGAACAGAUAACAAAGAGUACAAAAAGAAAAAAGUCCCUACAGGAUUCUUCUCCUGCUAACAUACUGAAUCAACUGGAAACACCUUUGAUGGACACACUGAGAGAAUUUUCUUCUGGAACUGCCUUUUUGCCCACUGAAAGCAUCAGUGAUGAUGAAGAGUCUUUAAUCCAGUUAUCAAAAGAGGAAUUGUGUGCCGUAAUAAAAAAUCUGAAACAGAAACUCUCUGACACCAUGACAGAAAACUGCCGCCUUCGGCAGUCACUGGUCACACUUCAAGUGUUACCUCAGGCAGUUACCCACUUUGAAGAGCUGGUGGGCAUGGCAGAAGCACUGCUUAAAAGGGGAGGAGCCCCUUCUGCAUCCAGCCCUCAUUCCGAAGGCAUCUGGAAGGCUACAGGAAAUUCUGUACCAGAUUCUUAUUCUACAGUGGGUAAUAAUUACAGUUCACCUUUCUCCUCGAAGGUGGAGGAGGAAGAGCAUACCAUUAACAAAGAGUUCAAGAUUGAAAAAUGGCAGAUUGCCCUUUGCAACAAGAGCAAGCCUCAGAAAUUUAUAAAUGAUAUAAUGCAAGCACUUUAUACCAAUGAAUAUAUGGCAACACAUAGCUUAACAGGGGCAAAAUCCUCUUCUUCUAAAGAGAAAGCAGCAAAACCAGCUAUGAACCAAAAUGAAGUCCAGGAAAUCAUAGGGGUCACAAAACAGUUAUUUCCCAACACAGAUGAUGCUUUAAUUAGGAGAAUGAUGGGUCAAAAGUUAAAUAACUGUACUAAGAAGCCAAUUUUAAGCCAAGAUCUUAAUCCCCAUGUUUUUAGGAAGCAUGCCUUUUGGGUGCUGUUAAACAACUACAAGAAUCACGGGGUGACUGCUGCUCAUGUCUAUUGGCUACAGAGUCAGCGAAUGAAAACUAGAAUGAAAACUAUUGGGUGCAAUUAUAGCUGUUUCUCUCUACUCCCACCCAUCCCGCCAUUGAGUCAUUCAUUCUGUGGCUCCAGUGUAGUCUCUGCCCCAGUACAGUUUGACAGCCAGAUUCCCACGUGUCCUCAAGUGGGGGUGUGGCUUUUAGGGAGCCCGGGAGGUUUGUGUUUACACUCCGCUACUCCACGUCUUACCCCUCCCACCAAGCGUGCCCUGUCAGCGGGACUGACUACGCAUGCUCCUCCGCGCUUCUCUAGCUGCUUGGCUUUCUCGGCCGCGGUCUUUCUUUCCGCGUCUCCGGCGCCCGCUUCGGACCGGGGAGAACAACAAAUCCCAGAAGCCCGUGCGGUGGCCCGGGGGCAGAAGCGGGCAGUUACGGGAGAGAAGAGAGGGAUCAGGAGUUGUUUGGGAUUGGUUUCUUUCCGCGGCGGCGGCGGCAGCAGGAAGCCAGACAGCGCCUCGGCCUGUGGCUACUUUUGA